GGACUCAUACAUAUAAAUGGAAAAUAGUAAAUUGGAUGCAGUCAGUUCAUCGGUAGUUAUAUCGUAGACCAAUAUGACGUUCUCCAAGAGUUUGCUGGCUUGUUGCUUGUUCAUGUUCUUCUCCUACAGUGUUGAGGCUGUCGGAAAAGACUUACCUGAUUACUUCCCACGAUGUCAUCGGUCGGAUCCCAAACUAAACGAAUGCCUUCUGAAAGCGACAGAUCAAGUCAGGCCGUAUCUGAUCAAAGGUGUCCCCGAAUUGAAUGUUCCCCCUAUAGAGCCGUUCACCCUGCCCGAAGUCAGUCUGGAACAAGGCAGCAAUCUCUUGAAUUUCAAAGCGAAGCUGAACGACAUUAUCAUCCGAGGUCUAUCAAACUACAAAUUCUCGCAGUUCGACUUUGAUGUCCCUAAACUUCAAUUCCACUGCAAAGCUUCUAUUGCGGAACUCAAAUUAGAAGGAAAAUAUGACGUCAAAGGUACCGUACUUGGUGCACCCAUUAUUGGAAAGGGAGAUUUUACUGCUGGAAUAGGUCAUUCUAACAUAACAGUCUUCCAAGCUAUUGAAAUAAUCAAGAAGAAAGGAGUUGAGUUCACGAAACCUAUAUUUACGAACAGCACCAUCGUCGUAGGUAACCCCAAAGCACAACUUUAUGGUCUAUUCGACAAUAACGAACAACUAACCAAAGCCACCAAUGAGGUUAUCCAGGACAACGUCGACAAACUGUUCGAAGACCUAAGGCCCGUUAUCGAAAAGGUUAUUACAAGCCUGAUUGAGGAUCUGAUUUUCCGGGUAUUGGCCAACAAUGUUCCAUACGACAAACUCUAUCCGAAAUGAAAAUAGAGGACUGGAUGUAUUGAUAGGACUCGGCGAAAUCAGAUUGUGAUUAUAACAGUAUUUACUGGGAAAAUGAUAUAGUUAUAAGCUGUAUUCACAUCGCUCAUAAUUUGUAGAUAUAUUCAUACACAUACAUACAUUGAAAUAAAUUACUGAAAAUCA